CGUCUCUACCCAUCCAUUCCGGUUUUUUUGAGAAACAUCUCAGAAAUACCCCGCGGUCCACACAAACAUUCACAAUUUCCCCCUCACCCUUCUCAUUUAUAUUUUGUUUCGUGCAAAUUAUAUUUCCCCAACGGGCUGCCCUCCCUGGUUCUGUACCAGACAUUCGGAAUUUCCUCCACAAACAUACCAAUCUCGAACUCGUGUUACUUUGUCAUGUCUUCCAAUCCGGCUGCAGGGUCCUCGACCAUGGCUUACUACUCCGGUCAUCCAUUGACUGAUGAAGAAAUUGCCAACACCCCAGCAAUUUAUACUCCCGUGAUAGGCCCCACACAUAUCUCGAUGUCCUAUGCCGAUUCAACAUGCUCCUCGAACUCGGAUGUGAGCCCAUUCUUCUACGAAGGCAUUUGGUUGGAGGGACCUGACGCACCGCAGGGCGUUUUGACGGAGCAAACUCCUCUCCUCUCCGCUCCUGUUCCCUUUGACCCCGAACUUGACGGUUUUCAGCUGGACAUAGCUGGUGCUGUGCCUUUGAAGCCUGGAGAUCUCGAGUCUGGCUCUCUAGCUCAGGUUGAGAAUGUCGUGGGUCUUGGGACGAGACUAUCUUCAGUCAUAGGCAGGUUGUGGGGAUGGAUCUUGGGAAUUUUCCAGAGCUGUGGGCUGGUUGGCGAUACCGGUGAUGAGAAUGGAGAAGGAGAGGAGGACUAAGUCAAUGGUUCUUGGGCUUGCUGUCAUAAGCAAAAGAGGAUUAGGGUUACUUGCAGCUGGGGGCGAGUGACACCUUAUGUUUGUCGCUAUGAAAGGGUUUCUUAGUAUCUUUUAACUCUCACUCUUUCUUGGGGGCUUGCUGAAUUUUAAUUACCUUAGCUUGAUCAGGUUUGUUUUUCUGGCUGUGAAUUGGGGCAUAUUCGGGAAAGUGGGCUGUCGGUCCGGGGAGUGGUGUUGC